AUGGCCAGCGUGCUGUCUCGCCGGCUGGGUAAGCGCUCCCUCCUGGGGGCCCGGGUGCUGGGACCCGGUGCUUCGGAUGGGCCAGCGGGGACUGGAGCACCCUCGGAGCCGCCGCCACCGUUGGAGCUGCCAGAGGGCGCCAUUCCGCAGCCCACCCUCGCCUCUAAGGACCCUGCAUGCCAAGAACAGCCCAAGGAGGCCCGCAAGGCUCUGGGCACCCCGGGCCUCCAGCAGGUGGCCUUUCAGCCUGGACAGAAGGUGCGUGUGUGGCAUGGCGGCCAGGAGCGCUUGGGGCUGGUGGAGCGGCACCGCUGGGCGGAGGACGAGGUGACGGUCUGGCUGCUGGACCAGAAGCUGCAGGUGUGCUGCAAGGCGGAGGAAGUGUGGCUGGCGGAGCGGCAGGGCGCCCCUGCGCCUCAGGGGCCUCCCCAGGAGCACGGGGCCCGGGGCCCAGCCUACAGACCCGUCUCUAGGAACAUUGACGUCCCCAAGAGGAAGUCGGAUGCAGUGGAGAUGGACGAGAUGAUGGCGGCCAUGGUGCUGACGUCCCUGUCCUGCAGUCCAGUUGUCCAGAGUCCCCCCAGAGCAGAGACCAACUUCCCUGCGUCAUCCCGUGUGGCCUGUGGUGACCCGUGGAAGGAGAGCGGCGACGUGUCUGACAGCGGCAGCAGCACCACCAGCGGGCACUGGAGCGGGAGCAGCGGCGUCUCCACCCCCUCCCCGCCCCACCCGCAGGCCAGCCCCAAGUACCUGGGGGACGCCUUCGGUUCUCCCCAGACCGAUCAUGGCUUUGAGACCGACCCUGACCCUUUCCUUCUGGAUGAACCAGCUCCACGGAAGAGGAAGAACUCAGUGAAGGUCAUGUACAAGUGCCUGUGGCCCAACUGUGGCAAAGUUCUGCGCUCCAUCGUCGGCAUCAAGCGACACGUCAAAGCUCUUCACUUGGGGGACACCGUGGACUCGGACCAGUUCAAGCGGGAGGAGGAUUUCUACUACACGGAGGUGCAGAUGAAGGAAGAGUCUGCUGUGGCCGCGCCCGGCCCCUCCGUCCCUGGGCCUCCCUCUGCCGAGCCAGUGCCCGCCCCCCGGGUGACCAGCCCCUCGCUUGCUGCUCUUCCACUGCCUCCGCCCAAAGCUUCGUACCCUAGACCCGAACCAUCCGGCCUGGAGUCUCCCCUGCCCUCGGGUGCACUCAGCACGUCAGCCCCUGGCUCCUUCUGGCACAUUCAGGCUGACCAUGCCUAUCAGGCUCUGCCCUCCUUCCAGAUCCCCGUCUCCCCUCAUAUCUACACCAGCAUCAGCUGGGCUGCUGCCCCUGCCACCACCCCUCUCUCACCGGUCCGGAGCCGGUCGCUCAGCUUCAGCGAGCCGCCGCCACUGCCUGCGCCUGCCGUCAAGUCGCACCUGGUCGUCACCUCUCCACCCCGGGCCCCUAGCAGCACCAGGAAGGCCCGCGGUGAGGCCAAGAAGUGCCGCAAGGUGUACGGCAUCGAGCACCGGGACCAGUGGUGCACGGCCUGCCGCUGGAAGAAGGCCUGCCAGCGCUUCCUGGACUGACGUGCCGCGGCCGCGCUCCUGCCCGCCGCCCGCCCGCCGGCAGCCCCGCUGCAGACGCCGGAGCAGCCGAGACACGGAGCGCGCACGCCGCUGCGGUGUAACACUUAAAACACUUUCUCCCCGCCGUGGGAAUGUUUUAUUUUUUAAAAAGAUGCGAAAAUAUUUUUCUUUCCCUUAAAAUAGGAGAGAGCCAAAACUGCCAAGGUAUUCUGCAGCGACCAGAGACCAAAGAAUUCCUCCCCCUCCUCUUGCUCCCGGCCUCGGGGCACGCGUCUGUCCCCACCGGGAAGGAAAGGACGGCUCCCUGUGCGUGGCACAACCGUUGCUUUCUCCAAAAGGGACUGUGAAUGAGACGAGUUUCCUUCUCCU